AUGAGGGCAGCCCCCGCUGGAGAGAAGUGGCGCACACCUCAGUAUACGGUGCCCAGUUCUCUUCAGUGCCCUCAGGGGGCCGUUCUGCCAACCCUGCCACCUCGUGUGCUUCAGGGCGCGGUGGUCCCCAGCGAGCAAACACCCAGGUGUCCGCCCGGAAACGUAGCGGCCCUGGGGCGCUCGCCCCCUCUAAGGAGGGUCUCCGAACAGUCAGCUCGGUUGCCCCCUGCUGGUGCGCCGCUUCAGGGCACCGUUUUGGCUGUUCAAAUUACACCAGAGGCCAGUCUCGAGAGACUGGUUCCCUUAGUAGAAUAUCUGACAGCAUGGAGGCUACUGCCAAAUAUUUCUCAAUGGGUCCUGCGUACAGUCGAAAAGGGGUAUGCUAUUCAGUUCGGGUCUCGCCCACCCAGGUUCGCGGGGGUCCUGCCCACUGUGGUGGGCCCCGAGCAGGCUCUGGUUAUGGAACAGGAGGUAAAAACUCUGUUGGAGAAGGAAGCCAUAGAGCAUGUACUUCCUCUCGACAGAGAAAACGGUUUUUACAGCCGUUAUUUUAUCGUUCCGAAGAAGGAUGGGGGGUUGCGUCCCAUUUUGGAUCUGCGUCUGCUGAACCAGUCAGUUAUGAAGCUCAAAUUCAAAAUGUUAACGUUGAGACAAAUCGUGUCACAAAUCAGGUCCGAGGACUGGUUUGUCACGAUCGAUCUCAAGGACGCGUAUUUCCACAUCUCCAUCCUUCCGCAUCACAGGAAGUUCCUGAGGUUCGCUUUUGGGGGCAAAGUUUACCAGUAUCGGGUUCUUCCGUUCGGCCUAGCGUUAUCACCCCGCACUUUCACCAAAUGCAUGGAUGCAGCCUUGGCGCCACUGCGUUUACAGGGCAUUCGCAUUCUCAAUUACAUCGACGAUUGGCUAAUAUUAGCUCAAUCGCAACAACUUGCGGUUCGGCAUCGAGAUGUCGUUCUCGCCCACAUGAGAAGGUUGGGGUUAAGGUUGAAUGCCAAGAAGAGUGUUCUUUCUCCAGCUCAGAGAACCACUUUUCUGGGCGUGGUUUGGGACUCUGUUGUGAUGCAGGCGCGUCUUUCACCUGCUCGCAUAGAAUCAAUCCUUUCUACCGUAAACCAGAUAAGGCUAGGCCAGUCACUCACUGUGAAACAAUUUCAGAGACUGUUGGGUUUAAUGGCGGCAGCGUCCAACGUGAUUCCCUUUGGCCUGCUGUACAUGAGACCCCUGCAGUGGUGGCUCAGGACCAGGGGGUUUUCUCCAAGGGGAAAUCCAUUUCGCAUGAUCAAGGUCACGCGGCGAUGCCUACGUGCCCUCGACAUGUGGAAGAAACCUUGGUUUUUAUCCCAAGGCCCGGUAUUGGGAGCUCCUUGUCGUCGCAAGAUGCUAACGACAGAUGCCUCCCUCACGGGUUGGGGGGCGAUCCUAGACGGACGCCCAACUCAGGGUCUGUGGAGCGAACAUCAUCUCUCCUGGCACAUCAACUGCCUGGAGAUGAUGGCUGUGUUCUUGGCUCUCAGAGUCUUUCUCCCAGAUCUCAGGGGCCACCAUGUUCUUGUCCGGUCAGACAACACAUCGGUGGUUGCCUAUAUAAAUCACCAGGGGGGUUUGCGUUCGCGUCCGCUUUACAAACUGGCGCACCAAAUCCUCCUGUGGUCCCAGGGGAAGUUGCUGUCGCUUCGUGCAGCAUACGUCCCCGGGGUUCAAAACAUAGGAGCAGACGUCCUGUCGAGGCAGGGGCUGAGGCCCGGGGAAUGGAGGCUCCACCCCGAGGUGGUGGAGCAAAUAUGGGGGAUGUUUGGCCGGGCUCAGGUGGAUCUGUUUGCGUCUCGAGAGACGUCUCACUGUCCACUCUGGUUCUCCCUCACUCAUCCAGCUCCUCUCGGACUGGAUGCUAUGGUGCAGACAUGGCCGAGGCUUCGUCUGUACGCUUUUCCUCCGAUUGCUCUGCUCCCGGGAGUCUUAGAGAGAAUUCGCCGGGACCAAGUCUGGCUCGUCUUGAUAGCCCCGCGGUGGCCGGGCAGAGUUUGGUUUUCGGACCUAGUAUCUCUCCUAGACGGCUCUCCCUGGGAGAUUCCAGUCAGGAGGGAUCUUCUGUCUCAGGCGGAGGGCUCAAUAUUUCACCCUCGCCCGGAACUUUGGAAUCUUGUUCGUCAGUUGGAUCCUUUUAACUGUCCGGUUGGGGCGGUGUUGGAAUUUCUGCAGGAGAGGUUCACUGCAGGGUUAUCUCCGUCCACCUUAAAAGUCUAUGUGGCGGCUAUUGCGGCUUACCACACACCUUUGGCUGGUGGCUCUCUGGGGAGAGACCCUCUUGUCACUCGCUUCCUUCGUGGCACACUGAGGCUGAGGCCUGCGGUACGCACGAGGGUACCGGCUUGGGAUUUGGCUGUGGUGCUCCAGGGCCUUUCCUUAGCUCCCUUUGAACCCAUUGAGGAGGUUCCUGUUAAGUUCUUGACCUUCAAGACUCUGUUCCUUCUUGCUAUCUCCUCUCUUAAAAGAAUAGGAGAUUUGCAAGCUCUUUCGGUUGCCCCAUCGUGCUUGGAAUUUGCACCCGGUAUGGUGAAGGCUUUCCUUCAUCCCAGACCUGGGUAUGUUCCUAAGGUCCCCACCAAUGUGGUGAGGCCCAUAGUACUGCAAGCCUUCUGUCCUCCUCCCUUCAGGGAUUCAGACCAGGAACGCCUUAAUCUGCUUUGCCCAGUUCGGGCGUUGGAUGCUUAUGUCCACAGAGCUGCCCCGUGGCGUAAGUCGGAACAGUUGUUCAUUUGUUUCGGGUCCCCUAAAAAAGGGGCCCCGGUAUCUAAGCAGAGGAUGAGUAAGUGGAUAGUUGAGGCUAUCUCACUUGCUUACGAGUCGGCCGGACUGCCAUCUCCUUUGGCAGUUCGAGCCCACUCCACUAGGAGUAUGGCGGCCUCUAAAGCUCUGCUCUUCGGAGCAUCUUUGCAAGAUGUUUGUGAUGCGGCAGGCUGGUCCUCACCGCAUACAUUCAUGAGGUUCUAUGACCUUGAUCUGAGCUCCACUCCUGGGGCCAGGGUUCUGUCUGGUGUUGACGAGUCACACUAG